CUUAGCAAGAGGCGCAGCAGCAGUGGCAGAGGCAGACAGGAGCAGCUGGUAUUCCGGUGAUUAAAUAGUUCUCAUAGCCUUUUUGCUGUACCCAGUCUGCUCCCUGGUGUAAUGCUCGUGUCCGAGAAGGAAGCUGCAUUUUAACGGUGUGCUGAACAGAGGUCUGAAUCAUUCCAGCUGGCUGCUUGUUUUGAAAAGGACAAUGUGUGUAUAAAUAAAAAGACUGCUGGAAGGGUCCAGACACCAGCACCGGAGCUGAGGAGUGCUCUCAGAAUCCUGUUGAGGCAGAUGGCACGGACUGAAAGCUCCGCUAAUUAACGUGGAGUCAAGUAAACCUGAAUUCUGGAAAUCUCGGUUUCUAACUCCGGAUAAAUUCAAGUUAGCAAAAGAAAAAAUACAUAUUGAAAUGCUUCUCUAGAUAAUGCUUAAAGGACUCUGCAGCAGUUCUUGGUAUUGGACAUAGCAUCUCAGCUGUUGCCUUCCUGGUCUGCUGGUCUACCAGAUUUGACUCAUUUGUGAUUCCUUCGAGAAUCUCCCAUGAUUUGCAAUGGUUACAUGAAUGUUUGGGAAGGGAAACUGGUACCAUCUCACUAUAUGUUCGCCAUGGCACAUUAGGGAAAGAAGCCAGAAAAGGCUCCCAACGCAUUGAUUUUUAAAAUGAAUCUUAUUGUAAAGUUUCGGAGAAGCUUUCGAACACUGAUUGUUCUCUUAGCUACCUUUUGUUUGGUGAGCAUCGUCAUUUCUGCCUACUUCCUGUACUCUGGCUACAAACAGGAAAUGACCCUUGUCGAAACUACUGCAGAAGCAGAGUGCGCUGACAUCAAAAACCUUCCUUAUCGGUCUAUAGAACUGAAAACCAUCAAGCCUAUUGAUACAUCCAAAACUGAUCCCACUGUCCUUCUCUUUGUAGAGAGCCAGUAUUCGCAACUUGGUCAAGAUAUUAUAGCAAUCUUGGAGUCCAGCCGGUUUCAGUACCAGAUGGUCAUUGCUCCAGGCAAGGGAGACAUACCUCCUCUUACCGAUAGUGGCAAGGGGAAGUACACAUUGAUUAUUUACGAAAACAUUUUGAAGUACGUCAGCAUGGACUCAUGGAACCGGGAGCUUUUAGAAAAAUACUGUAUAGAAUACAGUGUUAGCAUUAUUGGUUUUCAUAAAGCCAAUGAGAACAGCUUGCCGACUACACAACUGAAAGGGUUUCCUUUGAACUUAUUCAAUAAUGUAGCUCUGAAGGACUGCUCUGUGAACCCCCAGUCUCCUCUGCUUCAUAUUACCAAAGGCCCCAAAGUUGAAAAGGGACCUCUUCCUGGGGAAGACUGGACAAUUUUCCAAUAUAACCAUUCUACCUACCAGCCAGUGCUUUUAACUGAGUUACAAACAGAAAAGUCCCUCUCUUUCUUGUCCAGCCAAACACUCUAUGCGACAAUAAUUCAGGAUCUGGGGCUUCAUGAUGGGAUCCAGCGAGUUCUUUUUGGUAACAAUUUGAACUUUUGGUUGCACAAGCUCAUUUUCAUAGACGCCAUCUCUUUCUUGUCGGGCAAGAGGCUGACACUAUCCUUGGACAGGUACAUCCUUGUGGACAUUGAUGACAUAUUUGUGGGGAAGGAGGGCACAAGGAUGAAUGUCAAAGAUGUGAAGGCAUUACUAGAGACUCAAAAUUUACUGCGCACUCAGGUUGCAAAUUUUACCUUCAACCUUGGAUUUUCAGGGAAGUUUUACCACACAGGGACUGAAGAAGAAGAUGCAGGGGAUGACCUUCUGCUGAGGUCUGUGGAUGAGUUCUGGUGGUUUCCUCAUAUGUGGAGUCACAUGCAGCCCCACCUGUUCCACAAUGAGUCUUCUUUAGUGGAACAGAUGAUUCUUAACAAAGAAUUUGCCCUGGAACAUGGAAUUCCGAUCAACCUGGGCUAUGCAGUGGCCCCACAUCAUUCAGGAGUCUACCCAGUCCAUAUUCAGCUUUAUGCAGCUUGGAAGAAGGUCUGGGGUAUUCAGGUCACCAGCACUGAAGAAUAUCCACAUCUAAAGCCUGCACGGUACCGGAAGGGUUUCAUUCACAACAACAUCAUGGUCCUCCCUCGACAGACCUGUGGGCUGUUCACGCAUACUAUUUUCUACAAGGAGUAUCCAGGAGGACCUCAAGAAUUGGAUAAAAGUAUCAAAGGAGGUGAACUUUUCCUCACAAUUCUUCUAAAUCCAAUCAGCAUUUUCAUGACGCAUCUGUCUAACUACGGCAAUGACCGCCUCGGCUUAUACACCUUUGUGAACUUGGCCAACUUUGUGCACAGCUGGACCAACUUGAAACUGCAGACCCUGCCACCAGUGCAACUGGCCCAUAAGUACUUCGAACUCUUCCCUGAGCAGAAAGACCCUCUCUGGCAGAAUCCAUGUGAUGAUAAACGACACAAGGACAUCUGGUCCAGGGAGAAAACUUGUGAUCAUUUACCCAAAUUCCUUGUGAUUGGGCCACAGAAAACAGGAACAACCGCGCUUUAUUUAUUUCUUCUUAUGCACCCUUCCAUCGUCAGCAAUCUCCCUAGCCCGAAAACCUUCGAAGAAGUUCAAUUUUUUAACGGCAACAACUAUCACAAGGGAAUUGAGUGGUAUAUGGACUUCUUUCCCACUCCUUCCAACAUUACCAGUGAUUUCCUGUUUGAAAAGAGUGCUAACUACUUCCACUCAGAAGAGGCUCCCAAGAGAGCCGCGUCUCUUGUUCCCAAGGCCAAGAUCAUCACUAUCCUCAUAGACCCCUCAGACAGGGCGUAUUCCUGGUACCAGCACCAACGAUCUCAUGAAGAUCCGGCUGCCCUGAGGUUCAAUUUCUAUGAAGUUAUCACGACAGGACACUGGGCCCCUCCUGAUUUAAAAACAUUGCAGAGGCGAUGUCUGGUGCCUGGGUGGUAUGCAGUACAUAUAGAAAGAUGGCUGGCCUACUUUUCUACUUCCCAGUUGCUAAUUAUUGAUGGACAACAGCUGAGAUCUGACCCAGCAACGGUGAUGGAUGAAGUCCAGAAGUUUCUAGGAGUUACACCUCAUUAUAAUUACUCUGAGGCACUGACGUUUGAUCCUCAAAAAGGCUUUUGGUGUCAACUACUGGAAGGAGGGAAAACCAAAUGUCUCGGGAAGAGCAAAGGACGGAGGUACCCACCCAUGGAUCCAGAGUCCAGAACUUUCCUCUCCAGUUACUACCGCGACCACAACGUGGAGCUCUCGAAGCUGCUGCACAGGUUGGGGCAGCCUCUGCCCUCGUGGCUAAGACAGGAGCUGCAGAAAGUGAGAUAGCGCCCUGGAGGAGCACAUGACACUGCGUCAUCAUUAAGGAGAAAAAGGAAUCCAUGCCUUUCCCUACACGCGUGACUGAUUGCCAGGAGAGGACUAUGAAUAAAAAUCCCCAUCGAUGUUUUUCAUCAAAUGAAGACAUAUAUGCACGCAUUGGCAAUUAUUAGCAUUAUUCUUUACUUAAGGAUUUUGGAAAAUAAAAUGUGGGGUUUGCGGCAAUAUCCAGUGUCUAAUCUGGGGAUCACCACACACAGCUCACUUCCUCUGUUAUCCAGAUUUCAGGUCACCAAUUCACGAAUGCUCGACUGUAUGCAAAUUACCAGUUUAAACUUCCAGGAAAAGAUAAGGACUAAAGAGUCUAAAAAUGAAUUCAGGUGGAACCCAGUGUUUGAAUGAAGGGCUAAUGUUUCUAAGCACCGUUUAUCAGUUGGUCCAGCUUCUCCUUGCGAGAGGGGCUCCACUUUCGCUGAGCAUCCUCUGUCAACACAAGGACAUGCCACCCUCAGAAAACUCCUGCACGGUCUCUGGAGAGCCCCAAUAAAACGGGAGAGUGUGAUUCUGAAUGUAGUACCCUAGAAAGUGAGGGCCAUCUUUAAUGGGCCCAUGAUCUUGCUACAUUAUCAGUUUAGGUUUUCCUACCUUGGCAGUGAUUGAGCAUUUAUACAUAUUUUGUUCACUCUUCUAAAUAGGGAGGAAAAAAACUUGAUUUACUAGAAGUGUAAACACCUAGAUGUAUUUGCAGGUCUAAAUAGGCAUGGCGCCUUCUCUGUAAGAAAUAUGUCCAUCUCUUUGAAGCAUGAUGUUUUAUGUCUGCCACUGCACUUUCUAUGGUAAAGUUUUGCUGUCUAUGUUUAAAAACAUUUAAAACUUACCUUAUACUUCAAACUUACCUAUUUGAACAUCACCAAUUCUCUCUAACUUGAACUCAAUUUCAUAGACAUGAAACUCACGAGUUCAUUUUAAGGCAAGAAGUGUCAUUUUGUUUUGAGUUACAAGUUCCUAUAGUAUUUGAAGGCUAUGUAAGCCAUGUUGGUUGGAACUUCAUCCUCUUUGUCAACGAUGAGCUGGAAAAGCUUAAUUUAUCUUUUCAGUGAUACAUGAAGAUAAAUUUACUAGAACAGGCAACCAAGGUGAUGGCGAGAACAUUACCCACAAAUCUCCCUCCUCUGGAACAGUUUUUCUAGAGGCUGUAAAUAAUAGCAUCAUUUAUUCUCACUUUAAUUCAAUAACAAACAUGUAGUUUUUAUUUUGUGUGUGUGUGUGUGUGUGUGUGUGUGUGUGUGUGUGUGUGUGAGAGAGAGAGAGAGAGAGAGAGAGAGAGAGAGAGAGAGAGAGAGAUGAAUUAGACAAACAAAUCCAAUUUGGUUAUUCCAAAAGAGCAUUGGUGUCUCUUUAUACAUUGAAAAUCAACUUGUCAUCUAUAUUUCACUAUGAUUUUUGGUUAUUUUCUGGUUUUUCUUAGAACUCCUGUCUAAAGGCUCUUGAUCUUUAUCAGAAAAAUGUUUCUUUGUCAUCUUUAAUGGUAUAAAUCACAAUAAUUUCCCAGUUUCAUUUUUGGCUGUGGGACAUAGAGUCUCACCCUUAUUACUUAUAUAAAAGUGUUAUACGUUCUAUUAAAAUGGUGAAAAAGUAACCAUGGUGAUAUACGUAAACCACUAUCAUUUAUUCACCGUUGCCCUCCCAGUUCUACUAUAUAUCUGGGUCAGCCUGCCCUCAAUUGUGCAAUCUUCCUGCCUUCCCCUCUACCGCACUGGGACUGCACAUGUUCAAGGCUAGGCCCAGCUCUAAUUAUUAUUUUAUUGACCCAAAGAAAAAAAUCUUCUUUACAGGGGAUUAAAAUGGUAAUUAUAGAAUGAGGACAUUUUCAUAUCAAAUAAUAUCAAUAUCAAUAUCAAUAUAACUCAAGAACAUCCAACUCAUCACCACAUUUAGCAAUGACAUGAAUUUUUCUGCAUUUUUCACAUUUUACUAAUGAAUCCAUAUCGGUUACCUACCUACCUAUACCUGAAAGCAAAAUGUCAUCCCAACUUAACCACUCUCUUUUUUUCUGCCUGGUUAUUCGAAUCAUUACAUGUAUUUUUCUUGCUAUCUUUGAUAAUGAAAUGAGCAACUGUAUAUAAUUAUUAACAAGAUUUUAUCUAAAAGUUAGAAGUAACCUAGAAUAUGAAACUCUGCAUUCUAGUAGUUGGGAAAUCUCAGCUUUAAUAUUUUCCUCUUUAAUGAUUUCUUUCCACAUCAGUAAUGUCGUCUCAGAAUUUAAUAGCAUAAUUCUUUAGAAUUUCAAAUUACACCUUCAGUUCUAAGAGACAUACAUUUAUUUAAAUAUUAGAAUAUCUUUUCUAUCCUGACGCAUACUGACAUGGUCUCUUCAUGCCUUUCCAGACUGUUGGAGCCCUGCGGAACAUACAAUAUACCUGUCAACUACUUCAUUUUGUUAACUGGAAAAAUAGAAUUUGUUUCAGAUACCAAAUCCUAAAAGUUAUAUUAUGAAAAUUCAUCUAAAAUAAAAUUUAGAUUCCAUUUAAUAAUGACCAAAACACAAUUUAAAAAAAAAAACAUGAAGAACAGUAUUACUGGUUUUGUACAUACACACACACACACACACACACACACACACACACACACGCAGAGAGAGAGAGACAGAGAGAGACAGAGAGAGAGAGAGAGACAGAGAGACGUCUAUGUUUUUGUGCCUAAAUUUUAGCAAGCCCUACUUACAUCUAGUCUUGUGCUGCUUUUUAAGUAUUACUGCUUUAAUGUAACACAAAGUAACCUAUAUUCCAGACUUAUUGAUUGAUCUCUCUUAAAUUACAGGAAACAAGGUAUUUAUAUAGAAACAAUAUUAAAGCCUUCUAUUUCUGGUGGUGACCGAAAAUACUUUCUGCUUGAGAAAGGCAGGGAGACUCAAAAGUAGCAUGGGCCAACUGACUUCAUAGAGCUGACUGUCUAAUCUAGUAGUCUAUUCUCAUUGUUUUCUUUUUUCCAAAAUCAACUUUAGAAAUGCAAUCCUGGCAGAAAACUAGACAUACGCUUCAAAAUGUGCAAACAUAAAAUGUGUUGUGUCUAAGAAACCUGAAGAGCUUUUGAUCAAGCCAGUAAUUUUCUUUGUAAGCCAGUGAGACACCCUGGAUAAGCAAAGAGAAAACUGCAUUGACUGAAAUGAAAUCCUUAAAGGUGCCGUUGUCACAAAAGAGUAAGGGACUAUGACCAUCUCUUCUUCAGAAUAAACCCUGCUGCUGGUACAGCCACAGGAGUGAUGCUGUUGGUUCAGAAGCUGGCUUUUACGUGUCAGUUGAUUACUCCUUCCCUGGUCUUCAUGAUUGCAUAUACAAUUGCUGGAUGUCAAGCAUCAAAUGCAAACCGGAAAUGGGUUUUCGAAAUCGGCAUCCUCAACCCGGUUCCGCCUCUCAGUAGCCGUGUGGCCUUAGAUAAUUUGUGGAACUUCCCUGAGCCACAGUCUUGUUUUUAUUUUUUUUUUCUUACUCUGUACAGUAAAGACAAUAAAAGAAUUCCUGUGAGGUUAUUAUAACCUAUUACUAAAAGUAUGUUUGCAUAACAGCACAAUGGCUGAAAUAGUUGUGCUUAAAUAUAUUAGUCCUAAAAAUAAUAUAUAACUAAUCAUGGCUUUCUUCUCUUCCAUCAAAUAGGAGUGUGUGUUUUCUACUACUGUUAAUAAUGAGACGUGUUUAAUAAAAUAUGUAAUUGUAUUUGGUCAAAGGAGAGAUGGUCUUCCUAUUCACUACCCAAGAGUGGAUUCUGUGCUGCUCGCUGCCCUGCUCUGGCGAUGAUAAUCAGGAACGAGGUAGCACCUACUUUGCUCAGAUGGCCUUUCCUCCUCCCGGUGACACCUUUGUAUUUACUCACUGGUAGUUCUGUCCUUUCUGUCUCUCUCUGUAAUUCUUUUCUAGCCCAGUGGAUACAUUACCAAAAAAUGUCUGAUGGAGACCUUGCGUUUCCUCAACAAAUGAGGGGUUUAAUGGUGGUAGAUGUGAAAAUAUAUUCUACGAAGGCAUGUACAAUAAAGAAUUAAUUCUGUCAAUCUUUACUUAGAAAUUACAAGAAAAUGUCUGUGGGUCUCUACAAAUCUCAACUUCCGCCAUCUAAUGAAAGCUUUUGUUCUGUAGAUGAAAACACUUUAUUAUAUAUACAUUUAUAUUAUAUAUUUAUAAAUAUCAAGCGACAUUAUUUUCUGUAUUCGCCCAUGACAAAUAUAUAAUACAUCCCAGGUAAAUCAGCAGACAAACCAUUAAAAAUGUUGAGAUAUUUA